AUGCUGAAGCGGCUGCAGCGCGGACCAUGGACGUGUCCGCAAUGCGCGCGGCAGCAACAGAAAGCUGCGCGAAGAUGUCUCGUAACAUCGAGCAACAGCAGAGGCUCAGCGGCCACCGCGACAGCCACGGCACCAGACGACUAUCAACCGGUAUUAAAAGCAUCGCCGAGUAUCGCCCACGAUGACAGAGCGCUGCGCCAGAUCUUCGACUCCCAUGGCUUCUGGAAAGACUUCUCGUCCAAGAACAAGUACCACUAUGGCGGCAGAUCAGCUGGCCUGUUCCAGAACAGAUACCUCACGCACCCGGAGGGCUUCCAGACGUUUGCAAACAUCACAUUGCAGAAAUGCAAGAGGAUCGUCUCGCGGGUACUUGCAUAUGAGAGCGUGGAAGACUACAAAAGGGCGGCAAAAGACCUCGAUCGACUCAGUGACCUGCUGUGCCGAGUGAUCGACCUGAGUGACUUCGUGCGGAGCGUACAUCCUGAUCCGAAAGUCCAGGCGGCUGCGGACAAUGCGUAUGGGACGAUGUUUGAGUAUAUGAAUAUACUCAAUACGACUACCGGGCUCAACGAUCAGCUGAAAAAGGCAUCGCAGAUGCCCGAGGUUUACAACACAUGGAGCGAAGAGGAGAAGACGGUGGCUGCGAUAUUAGAGAAGGACUUUUCUAAAUCCGCCAUCGAUCUUGCGGACAGUGAGAGACAUGCUUUCGUGGACAUAUCGAACGAAAUCGCUCAGGUGGGGACAGAGUUCGUCGAGAAUAUGGCUACAGCGACACCUUAUCUCAGUCUUGAAAGCAGUAGGCUAAAUGGAAUGGAUCCGAUGCUUGUCCGGCAGCUUACAAGAUGGGGUAACGUCACGCUCCCAACUGUCGGAAUGCCAGCGACGCUGGCGUUGCGAACGGUCGAAGAUGCAGAUACACGACGGGAAAUCUACAUGGCCAAUCGCACCUCCGCGAAGGACAACCUGCACCGACUCGAAGAUCUUCUAAAGCGGCGAGCAGAGCUGGCGAAGCUGAGCGGGUAUGACAGCUUCGCACAUCUGACGCUCGCAGACAAGAUGGCCAAGAGCCCAGAAGCAGUCACAUCGUUCUUGGAUGCCCUUUCGGCAGAUAAUGCGCCUAGAGUGAAGCGGGAGAUGCAGGAGCUUUUGGAGCUGAAGAAGUCAGAUGCCCGAUCAAGCAACUUUCCCACCGAUCUCAAUGCUUGGGAUCGAGACUACUACACCGCUCAAUUACUUUCAAACGAGCGUACCAAAGCGAGAGCGCCUGAUUUCCUCAGCGCAUACUUCUCUCUCGGGACGGUCAUGCAAGGACUUUCACGACUCUUCCACCGGCUCUACGGCUUGCGACUCGUCCCGCGCGAACCUCUGCCCGGCGAGACGUGGAAUCCAGAUGUCCGCCGGCUAGACGUUGUGGACGACAAUGAAGGUCACAUAGCUGUUAUCUAUUGCGAUCUCUUCGAGAGGUCGGGCAAGAGUCCGAACCCAGCGCAUUUCACUCUGCGCUGCUCGCGACGGAUCAGUGAGGAAGAGAUGAGAGAAGCUUCCGAGCUGAGCUCGCAGACCAACGGUAUCUUCGCAACGGCACAAGAAGCUGCCAAUGAUGGGUUAGCUACUCAAUUCAACCCGAAGGACGGUAAUGCGCUGUAUCAGUUGCCUACUAUAGCACUCAUCUGCGACUUCGCCAAUCCACCCAGCGGCAGCCAAGGCAACCGACCGACGCUAUUGACUUUCCGGGAACUCACCACGCUCUUUCACGAGAUGGGGCAUGCCAUCCACUCCAUCUGCGGACGAACUGCGCUUCAAAACGUCAGCGGCACGCGCUGUGCUACUGACUUCGCCGAGCUACCUUCCGUACUGAUGGAGAGCUUCGCUUCCGCUCCGGAAGUACUGGGUCUAUACGCUCGACAUUGGGAAACAGAUGCUCCUCUCAACCCCGAACGCGUCCGCGAGCGAGUGGAAGUCGACAGGAGGAUGGCUGGCGCAGAGGUCGAAAGCCAGGUCUUGCUCGGAAUGUUGGACCAACAAUAUCACUCUUCCUUGCCUCUAAACUGGAGUGAGGGCGCCGUUGGUGCAAGCACGAAGCUGUACCAUCAAGUCUGGAACAAGUACUCAUCUGUCCCUGAGCCUGCGGGUACGAGCUGGCAGGGUUUCUUUGGGCAUUUGUUUGGAUAUGGUGCGACGUACUAUUCGUACCUGUUUGACCGCGCGAUUGCAGGAAAGAUCUGGAGGGAUGUCUUUCAGCGACAACAAGGCGGAGCUGUUGAUCCAGAAGCGGGUGGGCUGUUUAGAGAGGAAGUGCUGCGAUGGGGUGGUGGCAGGGAUGGAUGGAGAUGCGUUGCAGGUGCUUUGAGGGAUAAAGAGGGUGUGCUGGCAGAGGGCGGGAAGGGAGCAAUGGAGAUGGUUGGGCGGUGGGGUGUACAUGGAUGA